CCACCUUUGCAUCUCUCCACUUCAUUCAAUGCGCCAUCCUCAUCAUCGUAAAACCCUCAAUAGACAAAACAAGGAAGAGUGAAGGUGAAAAGAGUUUAGAGCUAGAAAAACCCAAAUAGCCCUCUCUCUCUCUUUCUCCAAUCUCAGGUCGGUAAAGCUUGGAUUUUUAUGCAAUUUCGCUGCUGAGGGAAGCAGAGAGAGAAAGAGGGAGGAGAAAGAGACGAAAACUCCCCCCCUUUUGUUCUCAUCUGGCGAUGUGUCCAUCGCCGCAGUGAUACAACUCUCUCAAUCUCUGCAACCUGUCGCCAUUUCUCUUCGUCUGCCCCUUUCGCCCAUUACCCAUAUGAUGAAAUGCUCGUGAGAUUCGAAGUCCCUCAAUCCAGCUCACUCUCUUCAUCACUUUGCCUCAAAACCCAUCUCUUUAGAUCUCCUCUUGUUGCACCCAAAUGGGUUCUUUCUCUUUUCUCACCUCCUUCACUGACCUCCAAUUGCCUGAAAAGGUCUCUAUUGCUGCCCACGGACUGUUCCUCCUCUUGUUCCUCUUCUUCGCCUCGGCCCGCAGAGUCUUCUCAUGCUCUGGGUUUCAGCUUGGAGUCUUUAAGGAUGAUGGGCAAGGCUCAAUUUCGAUCAACGGGGACUCUGGCGGUCCGAGGGUAGCUUUGAAUUACUGGUUCAAGAUUUGCAUUGCGUGUUGCUUUUAUGUUCUUUUACUGCAACUAGGACUGCUUGGUUACCAAACUAUUGGAUUGUUCUGGUUCAAGGCCAGGUUGAGAGAUUAUAAUGGUCUUUUCCUUCCUUUUGUACAAUCAUUGGCUUGGAUUGUGCUGGUUUUAUCAGCGCGUCAUUGUAAGUUUAAGGCAUUGUGUAGGUUUCCUUUCUUGAUUAGGCUCUGGUGGUUGGUUUCUUUUGGCUUGUGCGUCUUCACUUGUUAUGUUGAUACUAGAGGGCUAAUUGACGAGUCUUUGAGUGUGAACUCACAUUUGAUUGCAAGUUAUAUGUCGGCACCUCCCCUUGUGUUUCUUUUUGUGGUUGCUGUUCGGGGGAUCACAGGUAUAGAGUUGUGUAGGGAUCAGGAAAAUCUUCGAGAACCGCUGCUUGUAGAGGAGGAAGAGCCAGGAUGUCUUAGGGUCACUCCGUAUAGUGAUGCCGGGCUGUUUAGCCUUGCCACCCUAUCCUGGCUUAACCCUUUAUUGGCUAUUGGUGCAAAGAGGCCUCUUGAGCUAAAAGACAUACCUCUGUUGGCACCAAAAGAUCGGUCCAAGACUUGUUAUAAGAUCUUAAAUGCGAAUUGGGAGAGGUUGAAAGCUGAGAACCCUUCCAGACAGCCAUCUUUGGCAUUAGCCAUCUUCCGGUCAUUUUGGAAAGAAGCGGCUAUAAAUGCAGUAUUUGCCGGGUUGAACACUUUAGUCUCCUAUGUGGGUCCUUACUUGAUUAAUGACUUUGUGGAUUACCUGGGUGGAAACAUAGCUUACCCUCAUGAGGGCUAUAUCUUGGCCGGGGUGUUCUUCGGUGCCAAGUUAAUAGAGACUCUGACUACUCGUCAAUGGUAUGUAGGAGUAGAUAUAUUGGGCAUGCAUGUUAGAUCGGCAUUAACAGCUAUGGUGUACCGGAAAGGGCUUCAAUUGUCAAGCUUAGCUCGCCAAUGCCACACGAGUGGCGAGAUUGUAAAUUACAUGGCAGUCGAUGUGCAAAGAAUAGGUGACUAUUCAUGGUAUCUCCACGACAUAUGGAUGCUUCCCUUACAAAUCAUAUUAGCUCUUGCAAUUUUGUACAAGAAUGUGGGGGUUGCAACUUUUGCAACAUUGAUUGCUACGAUUGUUUCCAUUUUAAUUACUAUUCCACUGGCUAAGAUGCAAGAAGAAUAUCAGGAUAAUCUUAUGGCUGCCAAGGAUGAAAGAAUGAGGAAGACCUCCGAAUGUUUGAAGAAUAUGAGAAUCCUAAAGCUUCAGGCAUGGGAGGACCGUUACCGGUUAAAAUUGGAGGAGAUGAGGAAUGUCGAGUUCAAGUGGCUUAGGAAGGCCCUUUACUCGCAGGCUUUUAUCACCUUCAUCUUUUGGGGUUCUCCAAUAUUCGUGUCAGUCAUUACUUUUGGUACUUCUAUACUACUGGGGCACAAGCUUACUGCAGGCAGUGUCCUUUCAGCAUUAGCGACAUUUAGGAUUCUCCAAGAGCCUCUAAGGAAUUUUCCAGACUUGGUCUCUAUGAUGGCUCAAACAAAAGUAUCUAUCGAUCGGAUAUCAGGGUUCUUACAAGAGGAAGAGUUGCAAGAAGAUGCCACUAUAAGUGUUCCUCAAGGGCUUACAAGCAAGGCUAUUGAAAUUAAAGAUGGAGAUUUUUGUUGGGAUCCGUUAGCUUCGAGGCCUACGCUAGCAGCAAUUCAGCUACAAGUGGAAAAAGGGAUGCGGGUUGCAGUUUGUGGCGUGGUUGGUUCGGGGAAGUCAAGCUUUUUAUCUUGCAUACUUGGCGAGAUACCCAAAAUUUCUGGUGAGGUCAAGAUCAGUGGAUCCUCUGCCUAUGUAUCACAGUCAGCUUGGAUACAGUCUGGAAACAUAGAAGAGAACAUUCUUUUUGGAAGUCCGAUGGAUAAGCAGAAGUAUAAGAGUGUUCUCCAUGCUUGCUCAUUAAAAAAGGAUUUAGAGUUAUUAGCACAUGGGGAUCAGACCAUUAUUGGUGACAGAGGUAUUAAUUUGAGUGGUGGACAGAAACAAAGGGUGCAGCUUGCUAGAGCCCUCUAUCAAGAUGCUGAUAUCUAUUUACUUGAUGAUCCCUUCAGUGCAGUUGAUGCACAUACAGGAAGUGAACUAUUCAAGGAGUACAUACUAACAGCACUAGCUACAAAGACUGUCAUCUAUGUUACCCAUCAAGUUGAGUUUCUUCCAGCUGCUGAUAUGAUACUGGUCCUUAAGGAGGGUCGUAUAAUACAAGCUGGAAGGUAUGAGGAGCUUAUGCAAGCUGGAACUGACUUCAAUGCUUUGGUUUCAGCUCAUCAUGAAGCAAUUGAAGCAAUGGACAUUCUAGAAUAUGCUUCUGAGGACUCCAAUGGAAUUUCCAAUGCUGAUGCCUCUACAUUUAGGAAAAGAUUGAUGACAAGUGCAAGCAACGCUGACAGCAUGAAUGAUGGAAAAUCUGAAAAUGAACAUCAGUCUGAUAUAAAAGUAAUAAAGGAGAAGAAGAAAAAACGCAGAAAGAAACAACUUGUUCAAGAGGAAGAACGGGAGAGGGGGAAAGUUAGCUUGAAAGUUUACUUGUCAUAUAUGGCAGCAGCAUACAAAGGGAUGUUGAUACCGUUGAUAAUUCUGGCUCAGACAGCAUUUCAAGUACUUCAGAUAGCAAGUAACUGGUGGAUGGCUUGGGCAAAUCCUCAAACCAAGGGAGAUACACCAAAGACAAGCAACAUGGUUCUUCUGGUUGUUUAUAUGAUCCUUGCUUUUGGGAGUUCAUGGUUUGUGUUUAUUAGAGCCAUUCUCGUGGCUACAUUUGGAUUAGCAGCUGCACAAAAGUUGUUUGUGAAGAUGCUUAGGUCAGUCUUUCGAGCACCAAUGGCUUUCUUUGAUUCAACUCCAGCCGGCCGGAUCUUAAAUAGGGUAUCUGUAGAUCAAAGUGUUAUAGAUCUUGAUAUUCCUUUCAGACUUGGUGGGUUUGCAUCAACGACAAUACAGCUACUUGGUAUUGCUGGUGUCAUGUCGAAAGUCACUUGGCAAGUUUUAUUUCUGCUCUUUCCCAUGGCUGCUGUUUGUUUAUGGAUGCAGAAAUACUAUAUGGCUUCUUCAAGGGAACUUGUUCGAAUUGUUAGCAUCCAAAAAUCCCCUAUAAUCCAUCUAUUUGGGGAGUCUAUUGCUGGAGCUGCUACCAUUAGAGGAUUUGGUCAAGAAAAACGUUUCAUGAAGAGAAAUCUGUACCUUCUUGACUGUUUUUCUCGGCCAUUUUUCUGUAGUCUUGCUGCAAUCGAAUGGCUGUGCCUGCGGAUGGAAUUGCUAUCGACUUUUGUGUUUGCUUUCUGCAUGACACUCCUUGUGAGCUUUCCACAUGGAACUAUUGAUCCAAGUAUGGCUGGCCUUGCCGUUACAUAUGGGCUUAACUUAAAUGCUCGCUUAUCACGGUGGAUAUUAAGCUUUUGCAAACUUGAAAAUAAAAUAAUAUCCAUUGAGCGCAUCCAUCAAUAUUGCAAACUUCCCAGUGAAGCACCAACUAUCAUAGAGAAUUGUCGUCCUCCGUCUUCUUGGCCAGACCAUGGGAAAAUUGAACUAAUCAAUCUAGAGGUUCGUUACAAGGAGAGCUUACCUAUGGUCCUUCAUGGUGUAACUUGCACAUUCCCUGGCGGAGAAAAGAUUGGGAUAGUUGGACGAACUGGAAGUGGUAAAUCAACCCUCAUACAGGCUCUUUUCCGUCUAAUUGAACCUGUAAAUGGGAAAAUCAUCAUUGAUAAUAUUGACAUUUCUAACAUUGGCCUUCACGAUCUUCGGUCACGUCUUAGUAUCAUUCCACAAGAUCCCACGUUGUUCGAAGGUACAAUCAGAGUAAAUCUUGAUCCCCUUGAGGAGCACUCUGAUCAGGAAGUCUGGCGGGCGCUUGAUAAAUGUCAGCUUGGGGAGGUGAUUCGUCAUACAGUGCAAAAGCUUGAGGCCCCAGUAUUGGAGAAUGGAGACAACUGGAGUGUUGGACAGCGCCAACUCGUUGCUUUAGGAAGGGCAUUACUGAAACAGGCACGAAUUCUCGUGCUUGAUGAAGCAACUGCCUCUGUUGACACCGCCACAGAUAAUCUCGUUCAGAAGAUCAUCCGAACUGAGUUUAGAGAUUGCACUGUAUGCACCAUUGCUCACCGCAUCCCAACUGUUAUUGACAGUGAUCUUGUCCUGGUCCUCAGUGAUGGUAAAAUUGCCGAAUUUGACAGCCCCCAGAGAUUGGUGGAGGACAAGUCGUCGAUGUUUCUUAAGCUAGUCUCUGAAUACUCUACGAGAUCUGGUAGCAUUGCAGAGUAGGACACACAUCUAACAUUUACGUAUCGGUCUACCCAAUUGUAAAGGAUUAGAAGAAGAAAAUAACAAGCGACGACGUCGGUCACCUACUAAAUUUCCUUUAGCCCAGGAGAAAUUCUGUACAAAAACAUUGAACGGAUUCUGGUAAUUUUUACGAGGAAUAAUAAUAAUAACAACGAAAGAGCUCAAUCAAUGAGCCAGAAUCUUCUGUGAAGUCUAAUAAAGCCAUUUUGGUGUCGGCUCGGAGGCAAAUUUCUCUUCUUUGGCAGGACCCGAUGUUGUUCUUUCUUCUCUUUUCCUUUCAGGGAAGAAAAUGCAAUGUAAAAAUUAGAUGGUUAUGUACUUUUUAUUUGAACUGAGAGGUAUAUAUUGCGGUGUUUUAGUUAUCCUUGACGUUCUUGUCUCAGGAUCGGUUGUCAGAAUCGCAGGACAAAUUUUCAGUCGUUUGUUGGGGCCAGUUUUUUAUCCCCUCUGUUUUUCGUGCCACUGUUUGUAAUGAUUUAUAUAUAAAGACUGUAAUUUUCA